AUGGAAAUCGCACAGAAAGCCCACCUCGCCGCCACGGUGCUGAAAACCGUGUCCAACGAUGACCGAACUGCCACCCUCAAAAUGGUCCACGAUGCUCUUCGAGAGGCCAAGGACGAGGUCAUUGCUGCCAAUGUCAAGGAUCUCGAUGCUGCUAAAUCCGCCAACCUGUCUCCUUCUCUCAUCAAGCGACUCGAUCUGUCCACCGGCGACAAGUACGACUCCAUGCUGCAGGGUAUUCUCGAUGUCGCCUCUCUCGACGAUCCCGUUGGAAAGGUGACUCUCGCCCGAAAGCUGGACGACAACCUUGAGCUGUACCGACUCACCUGUCCCGUUGGAGUCCUACUCGUCAUCUUCGAGGCCCGACCUGAGGUCAUUGCCAACAUCACUGCUCUUGCUAUUAAGUCUGGUAACGCUGCCAUCCUCAAGGGAGGUAAGGAGUCUCUGCACUCUUUCACCGCCAUUGCCAAGGCCGUCACCAAGGCACUGGAAAAGUCCAAGGUUCCCCCCGGAGCCAUCCAGCUCAUUGCCACCCGGGACGAGGUCUCCUCUCUCCUGUCCCAGGAUCAGUACAUUGACCUGGUCAUCCCCCGAGGCUCCAACGAGCUCGUCAAACACAUCAAGGACAACACCAAGAUCCCCGUCAUGGGCCACGCCGACGGUAUCUGCGCCAUUUACGUCGACCAGGACGCCAAUGCCAAGAUGGCUGCCGAUAUCGUUGUCGAUGCCAAGACUAACUACCCCGCUGGAUGCAAUUCCGUCGAGACUCUGCUGAUCAACGAGAAGGUCAUCUCCGACAAGUGGCCCACCGUUGCCUCUGCUCUCGUGGACGCCAACGUCGAGAUUCGAGCCACCCCCGAGCUCAUUGAAGCUCUUCCCGCUGACCUCAAGUCCCACUGCAAGACUGCCACUGAGGAGGACUUCAAGACCGAAUUCCUGGCCCACAUCAUCGCCGCCAAGUCCGUGCCCACCGUCGAGGACGCCAUGGCCCACAUCAACUCCCACGGCUCGUCACACACUGACUGUAUUAUUACCGACAACGAAACUACCGCAGGCAAGUUCCUCAAGGGUAUCGACUCUGCUGGAGUCUACUGGAACGCCUCCACUCGAUUCGCUGACGGUUUCCGAUACGGAUUCGGCACUGAGGUCGGUGUUUCUACCAACAAGAUCCACGCCCGAGGCCCCGUUGGACUCGAAGGUCUGGUAAACUACCAGUACAUUCUCAAGGGUAACGGCCAGAUUGCCGCCUCCUACCUAGGAGCUGGUGGUGACAAGCCUUUCAAGCAUGAGGACCUUCCUCUUGAGAACUAG